AUGUCAUCUAAUUCAAAAUCAUCUGAGUAUAAUAAUCAAACAAAUAAAACUCUAUCUCAAUUUGAUCGUGGUCCUGUACAAAUUCUAAAAUAUUUUUCAACAUUAACACAACCAGAAAUAAUACGUUUUCAAUUAGUUUUUUUUGCUUUACUUGAAAUACUCUCAUUAAAAUUAACAGAUAAUGAUCCAAUUAAAUCGCGUAUGUUAUUUCAUUUGUUACUUGAUUUUCUUCAAAGAAGUAAAACAUUACCAGCAACAAUGACCUUAUCAACUAAGUUAAUACGACAAUCACAACUUUUUCAAGAUUAUGUACGUACUUUACAAGAAAGUAUUCAAACAGCAUUAGGUCUUAUUCAAAAUCAUUCAACAUCAUCAGAUAGAACGACUAUUACAAAUCUUUUGGGAAGUGAUUUUGAAAAAGUUUUAAUUACAACACCACCAUCAAAUAUUAGUAUUGAUAUUCCUCAACAAGAUAUUCAAUUAAAAAUACCAUUACCUUUAACAAUGAAAGGAACUAUAGCAACAAAUGGUUUUGAUAAUAAUAUUGUUGUUUUUCGUUAUGUUCAAGAUUUUUAUGAACUUAAUAAAUUAGGCAAAGGUGCUUUUGGCUCUGUAUUUCGUGCUAAAAAUCGUUUAGAUGAUCGUGCGUAUGCUAUUAAAAAAAUUGUUUUUAAUGGCAAUACAGAUCGCACUCUUCGUCAAGCGCAACGUGCUGUACGUGAAGUACGAGUUCUUGCGGCAUUAAAUCAUUCAAAUAUAGUUCAAUAUCAUUGUGCUUGGCUCGAAUUAGUACCUAUUGAAACUCGUACACGUCGAUCAUCAUCAUCAUUAUCACCAAUGCUAUUAAAAAAUCCCGUUCCUCAACUUACACAUUAUGAUUCUCUUGAUGACAUAAUUCAAUUUGAAGGACAAUCUUUAUCAUCACCAAAAAAUGAAAAGCAAAAAGAUGAGGAAAAAUCUCCACAAAAAAGUUCAACAACAUCAAUAGAAUAUGAUGAUGAAAUGGAGACUUCAGCAUUUGGAAUCAAUGGCAAGCAUUCCAAUGUAGAAAUUCAACAUCCAUAUCAUUCAGAUGGUGGUAAUCGUUCAUUAUCGUCUUCAAAAAUUUCUUUUGAAUAUAUAAAAUCUCAUCAUGAAACGUCAUCAAAUGACAGAUUGUCAAAUCGAGCACUAGUUCCACUACAUACACGAAAUCAAUCUAUUCAGCCAAUAGUUCAAUCAAAUUAUAUUAAUUCUAAAAUAGUACUUUUUAUUCAAAUGCAACUAUGUGAUAUGACAUUACAUCAUUGGCUACGUUCUCGUGAUCAAAACAUUAUUGAAAAAACACCUAAUGUAAAGAAGAAUAUGUUUUAUUCAUUAGAUGAUUUAGGUCAACAUCAAUGUUGGCAUAUUUUUAAACAAAUUUUAACUGCUGUUGAAUAUCUUCACUCACAAUCAUUUGUUCAUCGUGAUAUAAAACCACGAAAUAUUUUUCUUACACACGAUACAAAAGAUAGAUCAUGUGUUCAUGUUAAAUUAGGUGAUUUCGGUUUAGCUACUUUACUUGAUUCAGAAUCAAUGUCUGAUUCAUUUGAACAAUUAAAAAGUGAUGAAUCAACUGGUGUUGGAACAGCUUUAUAUGCUCCACCUGAACAACUUAAUUCAAAUCGUUGUAUUGCAACAGAUAAAUCAGAUUCAUACAGUUUAGGAAUUGUUCUUUUUGAAUUAUUUAAUAUAUUUCGAACUGAAAUGGAACGAUAUUGUUCUUUAAGUGAUUUACGUGCACAUAUGAAAGUUGAAGACCAAUUUUCAGAAUAUUAUCCAUUUGAAACAAAUAUAAUUGAACAAUUAGUAUCAAUUGAAAAUGAUAAACGACCAAAUGUUAAACAAAUAUUAAUGAUGUAUGCUAAAGAUAUCCAGCAAAGAAUAAAAAAACAACAAAAUAAUAAAAAACAAAUGAUUAUUGAACAGUUGCAAGAAAAAUUACGUGAUAAAGAUAAGAGAAUUCAACAAUUAGAAUUUGAAUUAGAAAAAAAUAAAACAUAG